CGCAAGAUUAUCGUAUGAGUCAAUCAGAUGACGCUGGGACUCGCAAGAGCGAAAUUUAGGCAGUUCCAGAUGCUCCCUUUUGCAGGUCGCGAUGAUCCGCUUGGCCCGCUUAACUCUAAGUAUGACUCGGUCAUUGACAGGCGACAGCGCUUUUCUUCUUCCCAACUCCCUCGGUCUGACCUGUUCACUGCUUGUCACUGCGUUGGCUUUUCCCUCGUCGGCCUAAUAUUUCCGUCUCCCCAGUCUACGGGCUAGGAACCUCGGUGUGUGAGGUUUGAUUCUCGUCUGUCUCUGACGGCGUCAUUGUCCAUUCAGCGUACGGAGGACAUUCCAGACGGCAACCCCGCCACGAACAGCCCGCAUCUCGAUUCCGGUUUUUUUUGUCGGCUGGAGAGCUUGCCACCGCCGUGGACUCUUUGCUGAGAUGUGUGGGCUCUGUUUAUAACCUAUUUUGUCUGAUCUGCUUCGAUCAUCAUGCCGAUAUUCCACGAUCCCGAUCGGCAGCAGUACGAUCUGUGGUCGACGGAGGGGGGGCGGGAUGAUAAGCAUAUCAGACGCUCUCGAGAGAUCUCGUCGACCAGACGGCGAUUCGAUGAGGCUACGGACUGGGAGCUGGGCGAUACAGAGAUGAGCGGUACGUCUGCGGCGGCCGCAGAUCGCACGACGUAUCUCGACAUGGCGAGGUUGUGUCCGGACGAUAGAGACGAGGUGAUAUUCUCGAUCAAGCGCAGCCAGCGGUUCGCUUGGAUGCACGAUCUCGCUUCGGACAGAGUUAUUUCCAACGAAAACUGGGUUCCCGAACCGAGUCCGAAACCAAAACCCCUCGGUGAUGUGACAGGUGAAACGACCGGUAGCGAUGAGAGUCUACGGGGACCACCAGAGAUCGAGCGUCCCAAAUCGGCCAUGCACUCGGGGGAUUUCAGAGAGGGCGACCUGCAGUCGCUACAUCUCCAAGACCAGUCACAGCGGAUUGUACUCCCCCGCCAUGCAGAUGUGUCUCCAUUUGACCGUCUGGGUUCUUCUCCAACUACUCCAUGGUACACCCCAUCGUUUUCAUCCGCGUUGCUGCGCAGCCAAGCUCCGUCGGAUCAUCCAUUUGAACCGGCUCAUAUCACUCCUAUCGGCCGCUCGCGAGCGCCAUCGCUGGGCUCAUUCUCAUCUAGCUACGUCCUGAAGGCUCCAACCAGCCCUCUCGUACACCAGGCGAACAAUACAGACCUGGAUUUCUCGCCGAUGCCGGAUUUCAUGGACAUGUCGGCCGAUCGGUCGUCGUCCCCUACCACGGAGAAGGCGACCCGUCGGCGAACAUUACCCCCAGAGACGUUCCGGAAGCUCCAGGCCUCGCCUUCUGCUCCGCCUGGGUCAUUGAAUUUUCAUGCUACGGCGCCGUCCGUCAAGCGGGGUCAAUCGUUCAACCACCAAUCUCAUCAUCCUCGACGAUCGUUGACCUCGGCGUACAGCCUCCAACUUGCAUCAUCCAUUCAACCCCCCUGGCUGCGUGCAAGAAGGCCGUCUUUUGCAUCGGAUGCGUCCCCAAAACACCAUGCUCCCAUGGUCGGAUCCUAUGAGGAGUCGAUCCUGCGGGGGCGAAUGUCCAUGAAUCCAUCAAAACCGCUAGAUUUCACCGCGCAGAUCGGCGUGUUGGGCAAGGGGAAAUGCAAAGCAAACCUCAAGUGCCCACCGCACGUCAGCGUUCCGUUUCCUGCCGUCUUCUACAGCUAUCCUACCUCCGGUAGUGGGCGCUCUAUUUCAGACGACAGUCCAAGCCCAUAUGUGGGGAUGAUCGAUCUGGAAAAUUCUCUACCAAAGGAUGAUUCCAAGAGCAACAAAUCCCGUAGGAAUUAUCAUCAUUAUCAUCCCCAUCCCACCGCUGGGGAGGAGAUAUGGGCUGAUUCGCUCGUGGAUUCUGUCCCUACCUCUACUACCGACAAAGAUGCUCGACGCAGACGCGAGAAAAGAAGCAGACGGGCGGAAUCGCCCCGGUGUCCACCUGGAGGCUGCUACAGGAUCCCUCAGCAGGGUCAGCUACAGAUCAUGAUCAAGAAUCCGAACAAGACGGCUGUCAAGUUGUUUCUCGUGCCCUAUGACCUAAGCGAUAUGGAACCAGGCACCAAAACCUUUAUCCGGCAGCGAAGCUAUUCCGCAGGCCCCGUUAUCGACAUGCCCCUGACGGCUCGCAAGAAUUUGGGCACGGAUCGUCCCGAGGCAUCUUUGAACGCAACCGAGGACCCCCAUGAUAAACCGAUCUUGCGAUACCUGGUUCACCUGAACAUCUGCUGUCCCUCGCGUGGUCGUUUCUAUCUCUACUCCACCAUCCGAGUUGUUUUUGCCAACCGCGUGCCCGAUGGCAAGGAAAGGUUGCGCAACGAAAUUCAACUCCCCGAUCCCCGGUACAGUCCCUACAAGGUUGUCCGCGAGCCUGUUCUGAACGCAAGUGCCAAACUGGCUGCACAACCCGCUCACAGGAGACGCAGUGUUUGCCAGCAGAACCUGGUUAUGAACGGGCCAGGAUGGGGUCUACCUUCACAGAAAACACCGUCGCCUUUGACCGAAUCAUCUCCGCCGUGGCGAGGCGCUGAGCACAGCUCUGGGCCUGGAACCGGAAUCGAGGCUGUAACGUAUUACAAACUCAGCAAAGGCGACUCCAGGUACGGUGGUGUGUCCGGCAGCUCCGACGCAGGCGAAAGCCUGCUUGCUAAACGGCUUGGAAGACUGGACGUACAGAAGUCCUGUGAUCAGUAGUUUAUAUAUAUAGGGUCAAUUGUUUGACUCACGUCUGGCCCAGAAACAGGCCGGGGGCCGUCAUGCGAAUACCCUUCCUUACUAUACACCUCUCACUAACAGCAGAUUCAACCGAUUUUUUUCUCCCUCUCAUUGCUUAUCUUUCGACAAGGUAGGCCGUCACGGCACAUGAUACCCGACAUUGAGUAUAAUCACUUUGUUUUAUCGUUUUUUUUCUCUCUCUCUUCUUGACAUGCAGGUCAAGUCAAGCGGUAUCAUAUCUUGGCGUUCAUCUGGCCUACAGGUUUAUAGGAAUAGGUGAUCAUUGAAUAUACUAUCAAAUCAACCCUAAGAAAAUAAUACAUAAGUUGCGAUG